AAGGGCUCUGGAGAUUUACGAGCCAAGGUGCGUGCCAUGUUUCUCGGCUGUCGCCGCACCGACACUAGCUGCUCGCAGUUGACGGAGAUGGUGGCCAGCGACAGUGGAUGGCCAGCAAUGAUGAGGAUUUUUCGGCUGCUCGAGUGGAGCUAUCAUGACAUCUGGAAUUAUAUUCGAGCAAUACAUAAGCUGCCCUACUGUUGCCUCUAUGAUCAAGGCUACACGUCGCUGGGUGACCGCAGUACCACGCACCUCAAUCCAAGUCUUUUGUACUAUGACAAAGAGCAUGGCAAGCAGAUCUAUCGAGCUGCCCAUGAGCUGCAGGAUAUCCGCCUAGAGCGAGCCAGCCGUGAUGAGAAUGGUCAGGCAUAAAGCGGAUUAUAAAAUAAAAUUUCUCAUAAAAUAAAAACCAUCCAAUUCGUGUCAGUCGCUCAGAGUGUCUCGUUUCGAAAUGGGCCAUGGUCGUCCAACUGGAGCCGUAUA